AUGAUACCCCAGACUAUUCGACGAUGGGGGCCAAGCGGAGAGUCGGUUCUCUCGCCACCCGCGCGAGGCGGCCGAGGACGAGCCCAGCCGGGCGGAACGGGACUCCCCGCCCUCCCAAAGGCGAGGACGACAACAGUGGGAAGUCGGCCCCCCGCAAGACAAGGAGUGGCUCCCUCACGCGUAGACCUCAUGAUUAUCGCACAGGACGAAGAGGAUGUCAUGGAGGAAGAAGAACAGGAAAUGACAAAUCAUACUGAUCACCGCGACGGAGAUGAUGCAGAUGUGGAAUCAAACUCACUUGAUUCACUUUCCUCAUCAUCGAGUACAUACAUGCGGCAUCACCGUUAUGAGGACCCAUACACCGCCUACCAACUAAUCUCAGAUCCAUAUGACCGACAUCGCGAGAUUGAGCGGCAGCAACGUUUCAUCAGCGACUGUAAGAGACUCGGUCGACCAUUCAUUCCAAGUGGUGGUCGGGCGCUGGAGAGACCAACACGGUAUUUACUGGGGGACUGCGUUGCCGCUCUUUACCGUACAGUGGCACGAGACUGGGCGGAGACCGACCCGAUGGUUAUCUCCACCGCGGAAGAUCUCGUUGUGGUUUAUAUGAAGCGAAACCGGGUACGCAACACAGGAACACUAUUGCGUUAUAUGAAUGCAUCACUUAAACGAAGUGAAGCGGUACGAACGUUUGGUUUACAGAAGGUUCCUGAGGGUUGGGAUGUCCUUACAGAUGAUGGUUACAUUAUGUACACCUUUAAGCCACCAUGGGUGCGGCAGCGUCGGUUUCUCCCUGAUCAAAUUGUUGUGCGGAAAGCACAUUGA